AUGAGACUCCUCCCAGCUACCAUGCUGGUCGGUGCGGCCACCGCGGCUGCCCCCUUCCAGCAGAUCCUCUCCUCACCCAAGAAGGCCUCCGAGAGCUUCUCAGAGACCCUGUCUAAGCCGCUCCACAACUUCCAGGAGCAGCUGGAGAACCUGUCCGACGAGGCUCGCAACCUCUGGGAUGAGGUCUCGGCCAAGUUUCCCGAGACGAUGGGCCACAACCCCCUCUUCUCGCUGCCGAAGAAGCACACUCGUCGUCCGGACUCCCAUUGGGACCACAUUGUUCGUGGUGCGGAUGUUCAGGGCGUUUGGGUUGCUAAUGAGAAGGGUGAGAAGGAGAGAGAGGUUGAUGGGAAGCUAGAGGCGUAUGAUCUCAGGGUGAAGAAGGCGGAUCCUGCUUCUUUGGGGAUUGAUCCUGGUGUUAAGCAGUACACUGGGUACUUGGAUGACAAUGAGAAUGACAAGCAUUUGUUCUACUGGUUCUUCGAAUCUCGCAACGACCCUGAGAAUGACCCCGUUGUUCUCUGGUUGAACGGUGGCCCUGGCUGUUCGUCUCUCACUGGUCUGUUCCUGGAGCUGGGCCCUAGCAGCAUCGGUGAGAAUAUCAAGCCGAUUUACAAUGACUACGCCUGGAACUCCAACGCCUCCGUUCUCUUUCUUGACCAACCUGUCAACGUCGGAUACUCGUACAGUGGUUCGGCUGUCAGUGACACGGUGGCUGCUGGCAAGGAUGUUUAUGCCUUGCUCACCCUCUUCUUUAAGCAAUUCCCUCAGUAUGCGAAGCAGGACUUCCAUAUUGCUGGAGAGUCGUAUGCUGGUCACUACAUCCCUGUCUUUGCUUCCGAGAUCUUAUCUCACAAGAAGCGUAACAUCAACCUUCAGUCCGUCUUGAUUGGUAACGGUCUCACCGACGGUCUCACUCAGUACGAUUACUACCGUCCCAUGGCUUGUGGCGAUGGUGGCUACCCGGCUGUCUUGGACGAGUCGAGCUGCCAGUCCAUGGACAAUGCUCUGCCCCGCUGCAAGUCCCUGAUUGAGACGUGCUACAACACUGAGAGUUCCUUCCUGUGCGUUCCUGCUUCGAUCUACUGCAACAACGCCCUCAUCGGCCCUUACCAGCGAACUGGACAGAACGUCUACGAUGUCCGCAGCAAGUGUGAUCCCGGGACCGACCUGUGCUACAAGGGCAUGGAUUAUGUCUCUGAAUACCUGAACAAGGCCGAGGUUCGUGAGGCCGUGGGUGCUGAGGUCCAGGGCUACGACUCGUGCAACUUUGACAUCAACCGUAACUUCCUGCUCCAUGGUGACUGGAUGAAGCCCUACCACCGUCUGGUCCCGGACCUUCUCGAGCAGAUCCCUGUCCUGAUCUAUGCCGGUGACGCUGACUUCAUCUGCAACUGGCUGGGCAACAAGGCCUGGACCGAGGCUCUCGAGUGGCCUGGCCAGGAGAAGUACGCCGCUGCCUCCUUGGAGGACAUUGAGGUCGUGGACCACGAGCACAAGGGCAAGAAGAUCGGCCAGGUCAAGUCCCACGGCAACUUCACCUUCAUGCGUCUCUACGGCGGAGGCCACAUGGUCCCGAUGGACCAGCCCGAGGCCGGUCUGGAGUUCUUCAACCGCUGGCUCGGCGGUGAGUGGUUCUAA